CUCUUUUACUCUCAGCAACUGCUUCUACCACGCUCACGCGCGUCGGAAGAACUCGGACCGCACCUCAAUUAAGAUGAAGGCUAUAAAGAUCCAACCAGGCGCUACGGCAGCUGUUAUGGAUGUGCCGGUUCCGCGGCUUCGUCCAGAUUGCGUCAUCGUCAAAACCGUCGCUGUCGCGCUGAAUCCCGUGGACUGGAAACACAUCCAUUUCGUCCCUAAAACCGAGGGUUGCACCGUUGGAUCCGACUUUGCGGGUGUGGUACGGAAAGUGGGUGCAAAUGUCUCGACGUUCAGACCUGGCGAUCGCGUAGCUGGAUGGACGCACGGAGGCAAUGUCAGUAAUCAUGAAGACGGGUCCUUCGCUGACUAUGUCUUGGCGAAAGAAGGGGUUAUGCUUAAGAUUCCAGAUGGUGUGAGCUUCACAGAGGCCGCAACAUUGGGGGUUGGCAUAUCAACGGUUUGCCAAGGUCUAUAUCAGUCCCUUUCCGUACCACUACCGAAUGAGCCACUCCAAGAGCGCCUGCCCUUGCUCGUAUAUGGUGGAAGCACUGCGACUGGUACACUAGCCAUCCAAUUUGCUAAGAUGUCCGGCCUCGACGUUAUUACAACAUGCUCCCCGCAACAUCAUAGCAUGGUCGAAUCACUAGGUGCUAAGGCAGUAUUCGACUACAAGUCACCCACUGUCGGUAAACGUAUACGUACAUAUACGGACAACAAAUUGUACCACGCCUUUGACUGCAUCUCCACUGACGCAUCUGCACGCAUCUGCGCCGACGCGCUCUCUGAUGACGUGGCAGUGAAGACUCCCAUAUACAGCUCCGUUCUAUACUGUGCAUUUCCACGCCAGGACGUUCAUGUAAAUGUCACAGUGGCCCAUACUAUCUUUGGAAAAUCCUUCUUCAAGCCUGGACUGGGGCCCGAGGACUUCCCUGCCAGCGACGAGGACUACGAGUUUGGCAAAAGGUUCUGGCAGAUUAGUGAGAAGCUCUUAGCGGAAGGCAAGUUCAAAGUACAUCCUCCUGAUGCUAGAGCUGGCGGACUUGAGGCUGUAUUGGAAGGUCUGAACGAAAUUAUGCGCGGCGAGGUCAGUGGGAAAAAGUUGGUGUUCAUGUUGUCUUCAGCUGGGCAGGAUGGCGUCACGAAAUCAUAGACAUGGAAAAUUGUUGCGGCAAACGUAGCCGCUGUACAUCGAUGGAAAACUGCGCUGAGUUGCUUGCUAGCUAGGAGGCGACCAUAUAUACAUGCCCUGAGACGUGCUAGUCCAAGGUAGUCAACAGAGGUGACGAUC